UUACACCAAAAAAGCAGAAGAAGAGGAACAAGAAGAAGAGCACUAUUAAUUUUUGCUGGCCAAAAAACAAACAAUUCCCGACACUCGGAGCACUAGUGUUACGCUCUGGGGAAUCUUAAGUGCAAACACAAACAACUAUGACGACAGCCAAAUGGAAUUGGAUUUGGAUUCGGAUCUGCCGCCUGGCACUGAGCAUCUUGCUGGUUCUGAGCGUCGCUGCGGCAGAGGCACCUGUCGGCUAUAGACGAGAGAUCUGCGAGCAUCGCAAGGGCAGGCCGAUGCAGCCCACCAACAUGUAUCGCAGCCGUUUGCUGGCGAUGCGGGAGCAAAUGCUGAUUCGCGCCACACUUGAGGGGCCGGAGAUCUAUGGCUAUAUAUUGCCCUCCACAGACGAGCAUCUGAAUCAGGAGGUGGCUGUACGCGAUCAGCGUCUGCACUAUCUCAGCGGCUUUACGGGCAAUCGGGCCGUUGCGGCCGUAACUCAAGGUGGCGCCGCCAUUUGGCUGGAAAAGCGCUUUGUGCAGCAGGCGGACGGAGAGUUGGACUGUGAUUGGCAGAUUUUUCUGGCCGACGGCAAUGUCAGCAUUGCCAGCUGGCUGGGCAGCCAGGUGCGCAUGAACAAACGCAUUGGCGCCGAUCCACAGCUGGUGCCGCAUCAUCUAUGGCUGACCUGGGAACGUGAGCUGGCCGAGAAAUUCUUGAAGCUGAUCAAGAUCAAUAGCAAUCUGGUGGACAUGAUUUGGGGCUCUGAGCGUCCAGAGACACCUAAGCAUCAUGUGAUCCAAGUGCAGGCACGUGACUUUGCUGGCGAAAAGUGGGAGGAUAAAGUGACCGAGCUGCGUCGCCGACUGGCCCAUCUGAACUGCGACGCCAUGAUUAUUACCUCGCUAACGGAGAUCGCAUAUCUAUUUAACAUCCGAGGCACAGACAUUCCCUAUACACCUGUGGUGAAGUCAUUUGCCAUUGUCAGCCAGAAGGACAUUUUCUUCUAUGUGGAUCACGGCAAGAUCAGUCUUGGCAUUGAUUUGCACCUGCGCACCGAUUGCUACAACGACUUGUGUGUCAGGAUUAAGGAGUACAAGCACAUAUGGAGCGAUAUACGAACCUAUGUACAAAUCUGGAGGCGCGUCCUUGUGCCCGCGCCUUGUGUCCAGGAGCCGGGUGCCUCGGAAGCCAUUUAUUCGGCCGUGCCUGACAACGUUGUUGUGGAGCACAUUUCGCCAAUUAUUUUCAUGCGUGCACAGAAGAACACGGAGGAGCAGGAGGGCAUGCGCUUGGCACACAUACGAGAUGCCGCUGCUAUUUGUGAGGCAAUGAGCAACUUAGAGGCCCGAUUCGAUACGGAGCAAUGGACCGAGGAGAAGAUCAAGUACGAGGUAGAGCUCUGGUUGCUCUCGCAGACCCAUGCCAAGGGCCUGUCGCUGCGCACAGUGAUCGCCUACGGCGAGCACUCAGCCCUGCCCUACUAUAUCUCCAACAAUCUGACGGACAUUGAAGUCUCCGAUCAGAGUCUGUUGGUCAUCGAAUCCGGCGUGCAGUACUUGGAGGGCACAACGGAUAUGUCGCGCACCUUUAUAUUCGGUGAGCCGACGCGCGAUAUGAAAAGGGCGUACACAGCCGUGCUAGCGGGCAUUCUGCACAUAUCGGAUCUAAUCUUUCCCGCUUCGGUGAAGCCAUCCGGCCUGGACAGCGUUGUGCGCGCCAAGGUGUGGCACGAGAUGACCGACUAUCCUCAGGCAACAGGGCAUGGCAUUGGCGCCUACGGCUCUGUCGAGGAGCCUCCUAUCUCAGUGGCCUACGGACAGAAUAACAGUUUCCAUUUCAAGCAGGGAUACUUUUUCUCCAGUGAGUCUGGCUAUUAUAAACGCGACGAUUAUGGCGUGCGCAUCAAGAACGUGCUGGAGGUGUUGGACACCGGUAAAACGACGACCAGCGCCGAACACUUUUUAGCAUUCCAAUCGGUCACCCUGGUGCCCUACGAGCCGAAGCUCAUCGAUGGCACCAUGCUGAGCUCGGAUGAGAAGCGCAUGCUCAAUCGAUACAAUGCCAAAAUACGUAAAUAUAUUGGCGCCGAGCUGAAAAGACUUGGCAACAUGAAGGCCUUCUACUGGAUGAUGAACAAGACGCGACACGUGCGGGAGUACCUGACCGAGGAUGAGUACCUGGCGGCGAUGGGCGGCGGCUGUCACAGCCACCACCAUGCGCAGCUUCCGUUGCUGGCGCUGACGAUGGUGAUGAUGAUUCUGGUAGCAUUCAUUCACUCAAAGUGGCGGCUAUAGAUGCGAUCUAGACAAAUGUGUGUGACUGCGUGCGUGUGUGUGUAUGUGUGUGUGCUGUGUGUGGUGUGUGUGGGUGUAUUGUGUAUGCUUGUGUAAGUGAUCGGGUGUAAUUAUAUAGUUUUAGUUAGCAAUGCAAACAAAAGAGAGAAUCCGGGACUAACCAUAAGGAAACACCAAUAUUAACUGUUAGUAUCUAGUUAAGUUCUUUGGCUUGAUCCUCAAAUUCCAUGCGCACUAAGCAGCCAGCUGCUAUGAACUUAACAUGCUUAAGCAAGAGCAUUAAUUUAAUGCAAUUCUUAAAUAUC